AUGGAACCAUGGAACCAAACCAGUGCCUCUGAAUUCAUCCUCCUGGGACUUUCAGAGAAGCCAGAACAUGAGACUCUUCUCUUUUCCCUGUUCCUCUGCAUGUACGUGGUCACCGUCAUCGGGAACCUGUUGAUCAUCCUGGCCAUCGGCUCCGAUUCCCACCUCCACACGCCUAUGUACUUCUUUCUGGCCAACCUUUCCUUGGUCGAUUUCUGCCUGGCCACCAACACUGUCCCCAAGAUGUUGGUGAACAUCCAAACCAGGAGCAAGUCCAUCUCUUAUCCUUGCUGCCUGACCCAAAUGUACUUUUUCCACUUCUUUGGUAUCAUGGAUAGCGUCUUAAUCGCCGUGAUGGCCUAUGACCGGUUCGUGGCCAUCUGUCACCCCUUACACUACACCACCAUCAUGAGCCCCCGCCUCUGUGGACUGCUCACGGGGGGUCCGUGGGUGACUUCCUGCUUCCUCUCCCUCACCCACAUCCUCCUGAUGGCCCGCCUUGUCUUCUGUGGCAACAAUGAGCUGCCCCACUACUUCUCUGUGAUGUACACAGCGGUCACCCCCAUGCUGAACCCCUUUAUCUACAGCCUGAGGAACAGGGACCUGAAGGGGGCCCUGAGGAAGCUCAUCAACAGAAAGGUCAGCUCGUCUUCCUGACCACCGUGACACUGGGGAAUAUCCAGAGAGGAGAGACGAAACGUGAGUGAGCUUGGAACAAACUCUGGAACUGCAUGGGAUGGAAGAGUGGCCACUUUGGAUUUUGAGUUGCAGAAGUUCAAAAGCAAAUCUUAAAAAAGACUUUGUAACUAUUUCCCCCAAAUGCUGGAACCAGUGAGCAUCCUGCCGAGUAUAUCUCACACCAUCUUCCCAGAAGGGUGAGUCUAGCCCUUCCCGAUUGGAAGUGUGCCCUGGUUCAUAGUCCAGAUGGUACUCAGUACGCAGAGUCGUGCAUUGCUUGAUCUCAUCGGGACCACUGUCAUACAUGCAGUCUGCAUUGACUGAAUGUCAUUAGGGCCAUGUGACUCUGUUUGUUGAGUACUGACUCACUGAGGGCUUGAUGUUAGGUGCUGGCCACAGGGUGGCAAGCAGGUGAGACAGGAUCCUUGGAGUGUGGAGUUUAUCAUUAAGCGUGGGGAGGACAGAGCCCAGGUAGUUACAGUAAGCGAAAUCCAAACCUCGAGGGAAAGGUAAGAGUCUGGAAGAGAAGGUUCCUUGGGAGAGGUGAUCCCAGAUCCAAAUAAGAAAUAUUGUCCACGUACAAACAAGGAGAAAGAGCAUCUCAGACGAGGUCAACCAUAUGAGAAAAUAUUAGCAAAAGACACAUUUGAGAAGUGAAAAUCCAGUUGUAGCCAAAGCCGCUGGGGAAUGCCAGGUCAGGGUGGAUUUUGGAAACCGACCUGAGAGUCUGACUUUUCUCCUAAGAACUUGACAUCCAA